AUGGGUUCAUUAGUGCCUGGGAUUCUUCUGAAGCUCUUAGAUGGCAUGAACGCUGGAACCAUAAAGCCUGUGGGUGAGCACCGGAGUGCUCUUCUUCAAGUGACCGACAUUGUUCCUGCUGACCUUGACGAGAAGGAUCUCUUGCCUAAACAUGGAUUCUAUAUCAAAGUAUCUGAUUCCUCCCAGUCAAUUUACGUCACAUUAACCCCUGAUCAAGAUGACCUCGUUCUCAGCAACAAGAUCCAGCUAGGUCAGUUCAUCUAUGUUGAUAGAUUGAGGCCAGGGAACCCUGUGCCUGUCAUCUAUGGUGUGAAACCACUCCCAGGAAGGCAUCCAUUUGUAGGCACCCCUGAGCCAAUUGCUCCUAUUAGAAGUCCUGGAGAAAAAUCAGAUUUUAAAGGUGAGAAAUCUAGGAAAAGGGCCUCAUGGGAAUUAAAGAAAAUACAUCCAAUUGAUGCUUCUUCUCCAUUGGUUGUUAAGCCAACAACUUUGGAUUUUGAAGCACGUACUCCAACACCGGUGAGGAUGAGCUCUAAAACGGGGAAAAUAUGCAGCUUUAAAUCUUCUGUUAGUGAAGUUCUGUCCAAAAUGGCAGAGUUAAGGGAAUCUGGUUCGGGAUUGAUAACUAAAAGUUGUGUAGGGUCAAAGCUUCCAAAGGGAGGAAACACUUCAGGGAAGGAGUCGAUGAUUGGAAUGAGCACCCUCUCUACGGAGAAGAACUUGCUUUUUUGUUCAUCUAGAGUCAGAAUAAAAAGAAUGGGCGAGUCAAAUGACUCUAGAAAUAAAGCCAGCGAACGCUUGAAGAUGCCUGCAAAGCUUAGCCUUCUCCAGAAGGAGGCAAUGAUGAAUAGAGAAACUGCUCAAAAGCUUGCACUCCAAGCACUAAGAGAUGCUUCUGCUACAGAGAAUCUUUUCCGUGUGAUCAAGAUAUUCUCAGACUUGAUUACGAUUGCAAGGCUAGAUUCCCCUGACACUGUUUUUGAUCAGUACCUCCACUUCCACGAAGAGAUCAUGCAGGCUGUGCUUGAUAUGGAGAAGAUUCAAGCAGCAACGCUAACUUCCAUGGAAAGUGAAAUGGAAAUUGAGGAACCGUCCAUCUUUCAAGAGAUCUCAAAUAAUAUAAAUUCUUCCAAGAGGAAAGGGUCUGAUUUAAAACCAAGUACUGGUAAACAACUAAUAGCAAAUCCAACCACUAAGACUUUUACUGAGAGAAAAAUAGCAUAUGCAAUUAAUAUGGAUCAGAGAAAUGCAGAGCUUCCUACCAGCCUAAGCAGCUCUAUUAAAUUGGCCAAGGAGGUGCAGGCAGAAGCUGGAAAUUGGUUCAUGGAUUUCCUGGAAGAAGCAUUAGAUUCAGGAAAGAUGAAGGGAGGAGGAGACAGGGGACUGAGGCAAGGUAAGUAUCCGCAGUCACUACUGUUGAAGGUUAUCAACUGGGUAGAGAUGGAACAAAGCGAUGGUAGAAAGAAGCCAGCUCACCCUAGGGCAACAUUUGUAGCAAGAAAACUCAGAAUCAAAGCAAAGAAUCCUUAA